AUGCAUCCUCUAUUCCGACGCCUGCGCACCAUCAUGCGCACUCAGUACCGCAUCUUCAUGCGCAAGACCUUCUGGCUAUCGCCAGUCAAGUCUACCAUCCUUUUGGUCGGCUGGAGCGCCGUCGUCCGCGCCGCCAUCGUGGCGGAGAAGGACCGCGCCGCCCUCAAUGAGGAGCAGGCAAAGCGCCGCCUGUCGUAG